AUGGUUAAAGUCGGCAACUGCGACCAAACCAAUCCAAACCAUCAGGUCUUUGUUGAAGCAACUAUCUUCGCUCCUAACACCAAGACCUUCGGUGUAUACCAUCCUCUUGUGAUCAACGAAGGUACACAACCCGCUGUCGAGCCCGUCGUACCCACCUUGCCCCAGAACGCUGUGGUUGGUCUAUGGAUCAGGGCCAAGGCAAACUCGAUCACUCUGACCGGUGGCACCCAGACCUGCGUGGAUGCUUCUUGUAAUGCCCGCGCCUUCUUCAGUGCUGUUCUAGCUGCCGAUGAAGGUCAACGUGUCGUCAUACCGCCUGUUGGUAACGAUAAGAUGGGUAGACUUUGCCCUGCCACCCGUUUCUUUGGCGUCAUUGCUCAAACAACUUAUCUUCAGACCAGCGGGGGUCAAUUCGCUCAAGCUACUGAGGCUAAUCGAAAGGCUCUCAAGCAGUUCGCUGAGAUUUCCGGUGGAUCUGAUAAAGUUCGCAGGUCCGCUUUCUCAGAACGUGGUGUCAUGCUUAGCUCCAUGGCUUUGAAUGAGCUCUUCAACAAUCAGCCCAGCUUGAACAAAGCGAAUACUUACCGUCGAGGUGGUAGAAGCCGCAGAAUAGGCCGCAAUUUUGGAAGGCGCAGCUCACACCUCAGCGGCUCAGGAGUCGAUUGUCUCGCUGUCGCCAACACUCCUCCCCCAGUGGGUGACGUUGACAACACUACCGUGAACACUAGGUUUGGACCGCUGUCGGCCGUCGACCGUGAGCUGGUGCGCAAAGUACGGCUGGCUACCCUCUGGGAGUUGCCGAUGGCUCGAGAGGCAACGCAGCGGGCGGAGCUCGGCAAAGUAAAGCGGAUCAGUGCCACGAUCGAAGCGCAGCACGUGUUCCUGGACGCAGCGGUGGACGGCGUCGUGCAGCUGAUGGCGAUAGAUAUGCCAACUGAGCCAAACACACUGCAGAAGUGCUUUAUAGCCGACAUCCAGGCUCAGUCGGGCAUCGACUACGACAUGACCUUGGUGAAGUGGCUGCGUUUUGCACACGGGCAGGUCUUCGAGUCCAUCGCAACGGUCCGAGGCACCAGCCAGAACACCGUGAUGCGCUCGUUCGCCGAGACCGCCAAUAUGUUUGUGCUUGGGCAUAUGCAGUUGCUGGAAAGCACUGGCCUCACCCAGAGCUUGUCAUUCCCGGCCCCACCGCCCGUUAAGAAACCUCCAGGUCGACCGAGCCACCAACCCAACCACCGAAUGACAUGA